CACCGGCCCAGAGCCGUGCUUCAGACGAAAGGUCACGGGUGGAUGAAGAUCCAAUCCAGACAGGUUGACCUGAUGGAGAAUGAAAUCUCAUGAGAUCUCCAUGCACCGGAUCACUCAGCCUGUGGAUUACGGAGUGGAGAGAGAACAUGGGCUGUGAGUUAGACCGCCGCUCCCCUGGGUUCCACCGCCAGCCCCUCACCGCCAUCAAAGACCACGAGCCGCCGGAUGAAAAGAAAGUAGAGGAGGGGGUCGAAGACGCCAUGAGGACAAAGAGACUACGAGCAUCAGCAACUUUUACACACACAAACCAGAGAGAGAGAGAGAGAGAGGAGGGGUGAGUGAAGGAGAAGACACACUGCGGAGUUCAGCAGAGAAGAGAUGAAGAGAGCUGGAGACAGAGACCAAACCGACAUCACAGAGCUGUGAACACACAGGAGCUCAUGCACACACGCCGCCUGUGAGUUCAACUCCACGUCUCUGACACCAAGCAGCUCUGCUGUGGACUUCAACGCUGCAUCUGUGAUUAUUCUGGGCUGGACCCCCUUUGGACUGUGUUUUAACAUGCUGGGAGUUCAAAGUGAUGCUCUGCUGGUCGGCUUGAUGGUUUGGAUGGGAAUCCUAUGGGGAGAGAUCUCAACCCAAGAUGAGUCCGGUCUGACCCCUCCACCCAGCCUCGCUCCAGUGAUGCAGGUCCCAGCCCCUAAAGAAACCCCCAGAGGAGUUGCAUCCAUGGGGCAGGACUUCAUAGAGUCGGUCCUGUCUCAUAAGGAUCAUCUUCUGGCUCAGAAGGGUGUGACUCUUCCCAGCGGUUUACCCCCUAAUCUGGUGCCCAUGUUGGGGAAGGGGCUUGGGGCCGGAGCAGAGGCCCUGGCCCCCGACCAGCCCCUCCUGAGGAAGAUGCUCCCUGCACACAGCGCCACUGGCCGCCCCUCUUUACCUCCAGCCUACGAGCUCCCCACCGAACCCCCGGAGGCCGUCGCAACGCCGAGCUGGGAUACCGAUGCCCCGACCCCACAUCCCCAACCUUCGGGCUCCGCUGCGGCUCCCACCACUGCGAGCGCUGAAACAGAGUCUGGGGCUUUCACCUCAGCUGUAACAAACUGCAGGGUCAAUUUCACCGACCCAGAGAGCUACAUCGAUUCUUCAGACGAUCCGCCCCUCCCUGAAGGAGCGUUCCUGCAGUGCACUUACACAGUGACCGUCUACACAGGCUACGGUGUGGAGCUACAGGUCAAAAGUGUAAACCUGUCAGAAGGUGAGCAGCUGUCAAUCAGAGGGGUGGAUGAAGGCGGGGCCCUGCUCGUGCUGGCCAAUCAGACGCUUCUGGUGGAAGGUCAGGUGAUCCGCAGUCCAACCAACACGCUGUCUGUGUUCUACCGCUCAUCUCCAGAGGGAGGAGUCGGCAUGUUUCAGCUGCAUUAUCAAAUUUUCCGCCUGAGUUGUGCCCUACCUCGACGGCCUCAUUUUGGGGAGGUGUCAGUAAAAAAUCUGCAUCCUGGAGGCACGGCCCAUUUCCAGUGUCACAUGGGAUACCACCUGCAGGGGGACGCCACACUCACGUGCCUCAAUGCCUCGCUGCCUGUGUGGAGCCAACAUGAGCCAAGCUGCAGAGCUUUGUGUGGAGGGGUUGUAAAAAACGCGACGGUGGGCCGGGUGCUGUCCCCCUCUCCCCACUCGGGCCCUAACAGCACCCUGGACCGCAGCUGCUCUUGGUCCCUGGAGGCUCCUCACGGCCAAAGGCUGCACCUGCAUUUGGAGAGAAUGGUGUUGGGCCCGACAGACAGGCUGGUCUUAUGGAGCGGCCUUGAUGCAGGUUCGGUGGUCCUGUUUGAUUCCGGGCGUGGGGGUCCCAUCCCGUUUGAGGGAGUGAUCAGCGAAGGUCCGGCUGUUCGGGUCCAGUUUAUAACAGACCAACCUAACAGUCACAACACUGGAUUCAAUAUACGUUAUGAAGCAUUUGAGAAGGGUCACUGCUACGAGCCGUACAUCCAAAAUGGAAACUUCAGCACGACUGACCCAACUUACGGCGUGGGGACUGUGGUGCAGUUCACCUGUGACCCCGGGCACUCGCUGGAGCAGGGGCCGCCCGUCAUCGAGUGCAUCAACACACGAGACCCCUACUGGAACGACACGGAGCCCCUCUGCAAAGCUCUCUGUGGCGGUGACCUGUCCGGCCCCAGCGGCGUUAUCCUGUCCCCAAACUGGCCCGAAUGGUACGGGGAGGGCGAGGACUGCAGCUGGAGGAUUCACGUCGGCGAGGACAAGCGCGUCCUGCUGGACGUGCAGCUCUUGAAUCUCAGCGACAGUGAUAUGCUAACCAUUUUGGAUGGAGAUGAGGUCACAACACGUAUAUUGGGGCAGUUUGUUGGAGGAACCAGCCCGUUUAAGAUGUCCUCCUCGACCCCUGACCUCACCAUCACCUUCCACUCAGACCCAGCCGGCCUGGUCUUUGGGAAAGGAGAGGGUUUCAUCAUCAACUACAUGGAGGUGUCACGCAACGACUCGUGUCCAGACCUCCCCGAGAUCCAGAACGGCUGGAAGACCACUUCUCACGCGGCGCUGGUGCGUGGAGCUCGUAUCACGUAUCAGUGCGACCCGGGGUACGACCUGGUGGGCAGUGAAACCCUGACCUGUCAGGUGGACCUGAGCUGGAACACGCAGCCUCCGUUCUGUGAGAAGAUUAUGUACUGCACAGACCCUGGACACGUCGAGCACUCCACACGCACGCUGUCUGAUCCCAAACUUUUGGUUGGCACCACUAUCCAGUACAGCUGCGUUCCCGGAUACGUCCUGCAGGGCGGCGCAACACUCACUUGCUAUGGUCGAGAACCCGGCACUCCUGUUUGGACGUCUCGCUUGCCUCAUUGCGUGUCGGAAGAGUCCGUGUCCUGUGAGAAUCCCGGCCUUCCUGACAAUGGCUACCAGAUUUUGUCUAAAAGGCUUUACCUACCGGGAGAGUCUCUAACCUUCAUGUGCUACCAAGGCUAUGAGCUCAUUGGUGAGAUGGCCAUCAAGUGCAUUCUGGGAAAUCCCUCUUUUUGGAGUGGUCCAUUACCUCUUUGCAGAGCCAAUCAUGAAUGCUCUAGCAAUCAUGCACUUGAGGUGGCUGAGGCGACGGCAGAAUCUUCUUUUGAUGGGGGAAGCAUGGCUCUAGCAAUAUUUAUCCUGGUGCUGCUGGUGUCUGUUUUACUGGGAGGAGCCUACAUCUACGUCACCAGGUGCCGUUAUCAUUCAAACCUGAGACUUCCUCUGAUGUAUCCGCAUCCCUACAGCCAGAUCACCGUGGAAACCGAGUUUGACAACCCUCUCUAUGAGACUGGAGGGGAUACGAGAGAAUAUGAGGUGUCCAUAUGAAGAGGCCUACAGACACGUCCCGUACUGCUCCAGCGCUUACAGGAAGUGAUGUAAAUAGAUCCUGUCACCUCCACUCUCCCCACCUCCCCAACCUCCAGGGACAGAGAGGGGCAUGAAGGAAAACGGGGCUGUGAAACAGGAAGUACCAGAGCAGAGAUCGUUCAGCCAGUAGACGUUACUGUGGUUUUACGUAUGCACUCACAGCCAGAGGUUCUCAUUCUGCCAUUCACAAACACCCGUGUGUGUGUGUGUGUGAGUGUGAGUGUGCGUGCGUGUGUGUGUGUGACAUUACGAGCAAGUGGAAAAUAACAAGUGAAGAGUCUGCACAGUGUUCUUUCGCCUCAAUACCGUGACUUACGGGACAGUUUAACCCUGGAGUAAGCCCUUUGCUCCGAUAUAAAGGGGUGGUGGUGGCGCCGUCCUGUGUCUGUCUGUGGCCCGUCCUGCCUGCUGUCAUUUUUAAGUCUUUGUACUUAGAGCAGUUUGUAGUGCAGGUUUUAAAGUAGUAUUUUUUUCCCCUGCAAGUGACGUCCUACUGCAGCAGAGAGCAGAUGAUGUAUUUAUUUUGAAGUAUAUGUGAAAUGUUCUCUGCUGAUUGAUGAAUACUUCAUUUUGGAGAUCAAGAAAAAAAAUGUAACUGAUUUCUCUAAAGAAAUGUGAA